AGAAAGGGCAGGGCGGGUGCGCUCGUGCCCGUGUUUGGCGCUUGAGCGAGGGCGCGCCGGUGCGCGCUCAGGAGGGAAGCCGGCCCGAGCGGCUGUUGUCGGUCCGACCCGCGGGGCGGUGAAGUCACCUGCGAGCGAGCGGCUGCGCCCGUGGCGGCCGGAUCGCGCCGGCCUCGCGGGGCCCCCGCACACCCUGCGAGGCUGGGGCCGGGGACCAGGCGGGGUCCGCGGCCGGAGUCGGCGACGAGGAGGAGUCGCAGCCUCAGCGCCGCCGCCCGCGCCGGGCCGGGUUCUACAGAUCAUGUUAGCAGUGAUUUGCUGCCAGGGCAGAAAUCUUAGUGGACAGGCCAGAGAGGCAAAGUCUCUUCUUCUGAUUGAAAAGGUUAUUAGCAAAAAAUGGUGGAUCGCCUGGCAAACAGUGAGGCAAAUACGAGACGAAUCAGUAUCGUGGAGAACUGUUUUGGAGCAGCUGGUCAACCCUUAACCAUCCCUGGACGGGUGCUCAUUGGCGAGGGAGUAUUGACUAAGCUGUGCAGGAAGAAGCCUAAAGCGAGGCAGUUUUUCCUGUUUAAUGACAUUCUUGUGUACGGCAACAUUGUCAUCCAGAAGAAAAAGUACAACAAGCAACACAUUAUCCCCUUGGAAAAUGUCACCAUUGAUUCCAUCAAAGAUGAAGGAGAAUUACGGAAUGGAUGGCUUAUUAAGACACCAACUAAAUCGUUUGCAGUUUACGCUGCCACCGCCACCGAGAAGUCAGAGUGGAUGAACCACAUAAACAAGUGUGUCACUGAUUUACUCUCCAAAAGCGGGAAGACGCCCAGCAGUGAACAUGCUGCUGUCUGGGUUCCUGACUCUGAGGCCACCGUGUGUAUGCGCUGCCAGAAAGCAAAGUUCACACCCGUGAAUCGGAGGCACCAUUGCCGCAAAUGUGGCUUUGUCGUUUGUGGUCCCUGCUCUGAAAAGAGGUUUCUUCUUCCUAGCCAGUCUUCUAAGCCUGUGCGGAUAUGUGACUUCUGCUAUGACCUGCUCUCCACUGGGGACAUGGCUGCGUGCCAGCCGACUAGAUCAGACUCUUACAGUCAGUCGUUGAAAUCGCCUUUAAAUGACGUAUCUGAUGAUGACGACGAUGAUGAUAGCAGUGACUAAGGACAUGUCUUGGAAUAUUUAAUUGGGUGCAACUACCUGAGAAUCAGCUUUGGGGGAAAUGUAAAAGUCCUAGCGCUCUCGAUUUUGCUCUAGCCAUGACUUUGCCUGAGAAAGUUUUGACCUUUGUGCCUCUGUAUCCUAUAGAAAGUAGCCCCUUCUCUGCUCUUCUCCACACUCUCACGGGGACAAACUGUUGCAAAUAUAUCUGAUAAAGUCUUGGCUUCUGUUCCCCUUACUUCUAGAUUAUUUUCUUGUAAGUGGGAAAAGGGGUUUAUUUAACAGAUCUUGUACUACAUUUUUCCCACUGAUAAGGAAAAACUAAAAGCACAGAAUGAUGGGAACAAGAGUAUAAAGUAAUUAAUAAUAUUAGUAGCUUUUUCUCAAGCAUUCUAUGUAAUGGUUAAGACAUUCGUGGCAGAAGAUGGUUUGGAAAUUCUUCUCUUCUCUUUCCUGAAUGCCAAGUGGUGCCUUAUUGUGGCAGCAUUGUCUCGGGAAACACGAGUCCUACCUUCUUUCCUCGAUGUAAACCACACUGGUGCUCUUACAGGUGGUAAUGAGUGAGUGAGUGAUGGAUAUAGUCAAGAAUAUUUAUUUGACAGCUACAAGGAGCUAAAUCUUCACUCUUAUAUGAAUACAUAUUUUUCAUAAAAUAAUUGUGAUUAUAUUUUUACAUCUUCUAGGCACCAAAUUACAAUGGUCACAUAUAUGUUUGAAAUUAAUCAGUUGCCACUAUCAGGAAUCUGAUUUGAAAUAUAUCACUUAGAAGUGGCAUAUUCCACUAGUUUCUACUUUCCUAAGGCAUUUUUACAUAUAAAUUUAUUUGCUUUACAUUAUUUCUAAAAGGAAAAAUUU